AUGCUCAUAAGGGGAUCUGUAAGCUACCAAAACAGAUCAAGGACGGAACCCCCACAGCGUCUAACAAGAGAGUGGGUAGCCCCCCUUUUGCUUCUCCUGCUUGGAAUCCAGGGCAGCUGCACGGUCCUCAGUCUUCAAGCAGGAGGUGGCUCACACUCCACCUCCCGGAAGAGAAACCGGAGUCUCCAGACCCUGAGCUCAAAGGCUCCAAGCGAGAGUGAGGUUCCGACCGUUGAACGCUCGUCUCUUCCCCAGCGCACGGAGCUUCUGAGGAUGCCCCAGUUUUAUUUCCUGGGGCACUCUUCUUCCCCACGUCCUUGUUCAAUAAGACAAGGACGCCAGGGUCCGAAGGGUUUCCAGUUACUAGACGGCGCUCACGCUGCUAGGAAACGUUUUCACACCUCAUGGACUAAGAGGUUGCACAGGCCGGAGGAGCGAAAGUCCACCGCACCAGGUUCGGAGGCACCUCCAGGAAAGCGGUGCAGGAGGGGCGGAACUCGGGAGGUUAGGCACUCCCACAGCCCGCAGGGAAGGAAAGGGAAUGGGUUGCCCUUAGCACCACCACUUGGGUCUCACCGGAUUGGCAACGGCAUCCCUAAGGCCGGCAGACUAAAGAUAGAGAAUCAGCAAUGCCCACGUCCUCCUUACUAG